GAUGGAGGGAGGAGAGGGAGGAGAGCCGAGCACUGUGAGAAUUCCUGCUGUGUUAGCAUCCACCCAGCAACUCUGUCAAUACUGCAUACAGCUAAGAAACAGGCAGAGGCCCCUGGUGCUGCAUUUACCGGCUCCGUCAGUGAGAGAGAGCAGCUUCCACAAUCCCCCCAAUCCGUGUGCUGCUCGAGAGGUUUCUCCCAGGGAUAACACACACACCAGAGCCCCGGCCGCUACUGCUGCGUCGGAGGGCGAGGAAGAGACAGGAGGAGAGCUGAACAGUAGAUACGGAGUGGGAAUACUCUAGAAGAGAGAGACAAUCCUGGGGGAGGGACAGGAUUCUUGGAAGACUGGGUGUGAUAGUAUUCUAACGUGCUCCACAGGAAAGGCUGAACACUGGGGCAUUUGACAGACAGGCACUCAGCGGUGCACCUGCUCCACACUAGCUUGUUGGGUGGUGAUGUGGGAGAGCUGAUGUCUACAAUGGCUGACCUGGAUCUGCACCUGCACAUACUGAUACCCCCGUUUCAACACUGUCGUGGUUACCUCCCGACCCAGCAGCCCAACCCCAGGAUCUGACCUUGUCUCUUCCUCACCUCCCCUGGGCUUCCUCCAGCCAGGCCUCCUGGCUCUACCCUGGGCCCAUAAUGGGAGGAUGCCUCUCCAAAAGCAAGCCAGUUGAGGUGAAAGUGGAGCUAACCCUUCUGGGCAAAGAAAAGGAAGCAGGUGUGAAGUCCGCUAAUGGAAAGGCGAGCCCCUUUUCUGACUGCAGACCCAACGGAGCACUGGAACACUGCUCCGAUGAGGAUUCCGCCGCUGCCGCCCCCCUCAGGCUCUACAAACCCCGCGAUUACCUGGAGGCCUCCGUUUGUCAUGUCAAGGACCUGGAAAAUGGACAGAUGCGAGAGGUUGAUUUGGGAAGUGGCAGAGCGCUGCUCAUUAAAGAACAUGGCGAGUUUUCUGCAAUGGGGCACAAGUGCCCACAUUAUGGGGCACCACUGGUCAAAGGUAUCUUGUCCAAAGGCCACGUGCGUUGCCCCUGGCAUGGAGCUUGUUUCAACAUCGUUACAGGAGACAUUGAGGACUUUCCUGGGCUAGACAGCCUGCCCACCUUCCAGGUCCGAGUUGAAAAGGACAAAGUGAUAAUUCGUGCUAACAAACAGGAUCUUCAGUCACAGAAGAGGUCAAAAGCCAUGGCCCGAUGUUCAGCAGUUAACUCCAGCACUGGCUUCAGCCAGGUCCUUAUCAUUGGAUCAGGUCCAGCAGGGCUGGUGUGCGCUGAGACGCUGCGACAGGAAGGCUUCACUGAUCGCAUUGUCAUGUGCACCAUGGACAAACACCCACCCUAUGACAGGCCUAAACUGAGUAAGUCCUUAGAGAGCACAGCAGAGCAGCUCCGGCUACGCUCCAUAGACUUCCUCCAAGCCCACGACAUCGAGUUGCUCACGGAGAAGGAGGCUGUGGCAGUGGACGUUAAGAUGAGGGCUGUGACUUUUCAAGACGACUCUAGGAUGGAAUACAGGAAGCUUUUCAUUGCCACAGGAAGCAAACCCAAGCUGAUGAACUACAAAGGCCAGGACGUUAGGAAUGUGUUUCACCUCCGAACCCCUGAAGAUGCUAACAGCGUAGCCAGGCUGGCCAACAACAAGAAUGCUGUGAUUGUGGGAACAUCAUUUGUUGGUAUGGAGGUGGCUGCUGCUCUCACCGACAAGGCCCACUCUGUCUCCAUCAUUGGGAUAGAAGCCAUCCCUUUCCGGAAAGCUCUGGGGGAGAAAGUAGGAAAAGCCAUAAUGAAGCUGUUUGAGACAAACAGGGUGAAGUUCUACAUGUUGAACGAGGUAUCGGAGAUGCUUGGCCAUGAUGGACAGUUGAAAGAGGUGGUUCUGAAGAGUGGGAAAGUACUAAGGGCGGACGUGUGUGUCAUUGGCACAGGGUCAGGCCCAGCCACUGGCUUCCUGAAACAGAGUGGAGUUCACAUGGAUUCCAAGGGUUUCGUCCCCGUCAACAAGACAAUGCAGACCAACGUUGAUGGUGUCUUUGCCGGAGGAGACAUUGUGACGUUUCCUUUUCCGGGGCGGAGCAAUAAGAAGGUGAACAUCCCACACUGGCAAAUGGCCCAUGUGCACGGGAGAACGGCAGCACAUGGCAUGAUGGGAAGACCCACUGAGAUCAAAACAGUGCCCUAUUUCUGGUCGGCCAUGUUUGGGAAAAGCCUACGCUACGCAGGUUACGGGGAUGGCUUUGAUGAUGUCAUCAUCCAAGGAGACGUGGACGAGCUGAAGUUUGUGGCAUUUUAUACCAGGGGUGAGGAGGUGGUUGCCGUGGCCAGCAUGAACUAUGACCCCAUUGUAUCCCGUGUGGCAGAGGUCUUAGGGUCUGGAAAGACGAUUAGAAAGCGAGAUGUGGAGACAGGGGACAUGUCUUGGUUGAUAGACAAAGGGUCGCAGUGAGCGAGCCUCCACAUCUCAGGCUCUCCGUGCGUCUGGGGUCUGUUGGACACUAACUAUGGAUACUUGUGGUGCUGAUGAGAUGCUGUGCCAAACUGUAGACAUACAGCAGAAGACCCGUGUCUGGGACUGUUGGAGUUGCUCCCCUGGAAUCGAGACUGAGACGAUGCUCCAAUACCGUAAUGGAAGAUCUGUGUCCUCAUGCGACUUCACAGUGAAGCAAUCCUGGAUGCAGUCUCUGUGCUUCUGCAUUAUGUAUCUACCUGUACACUUUUUUAUAAGGGGCCAGAUAGGGGUAUUGAAUUUUUUUGUACAUGCAACUUUGUACAUAGCUAUAAUUCUCAAUACACUGUAAACAAAACAGUUUUAAACUGGAGUUUUCUAAGGUUGAGAUGAAACUAAUCUGGUUAAGUAUGCUCAUGUGGGCUAAAACAGGCAAUGUACAGUAUAUCUGGUAGUUGAAAUAAUAGGAUUUCUAAUAGAUUGUUCAGCCCCAACUUAUAGAAGCAAAGACAUUGUUACCUAUAAAAGCCACAUAAAAAACAAUGCUUAGGUUUGUCAGCUUUGCAUUUUGACCCUUAACUGCACAAUGUUUGCCUCAAAGCCAUGCAAACAGCCUGUUCUUAUAGACUAGACAUAACAUAGUAUAUGUAAAUCCGGGAUAUUCAAAUUAGUAUGAUAUGUUAUGUACGUUAAGUAUAACGCUUUUAGCAUUUUAGCAACUUUACAAGUACUUACUACUUUUUAGCUACUUUGCAUGUUAGCUAACCCUUCCCCUAGCCCUAACCUUAAAACCACUUAACAUAACACCCAACCCUAACCUUAAACCUAGCUAACGUUAGACACCCAGCUAACGUUAACAUUAGCCAACUAGCCACCUAGCUAAUGUUAACAACAACAAAUUGGAAUUCGUAACAUAUCAUGCAUUUUGAAAAAUGUGUAACAUAUUGUACAAACUGCAACUCGUAACAUAUUGCAUGAAUUGCAAUUCAUAACAUAUCAAGCGAAUUGUAAUUUGACAUCCACAAAUUAAUAUAUAGCAUACAAAACGUAACAUAUCAUACUAAUUAGAGUGUCCAGGAUUUACAUGUACUAUGCUACAUCUACCCCUGAGUCCAGUGUGAUGCAAUGUAUCAUAACAAGAUAAACUACACCUAAUCCAUAGUUGUACCUUUCCCCACCUGACGCAUAAAUGCACGGACGCACGCACACACACACACACACACACACACACACACCAACAACAACAACAAUGAAAUCCUCACAAGAUGCUCACAAAUCACUCCUUUAAGGAUGACCAUGUACCUCUAUUUAUUGGUGGUGACCUUUGUUGGCAGGCUCGUAGAUUGCAUAAAUGAGAAAUUGAAAUGUACUUUAAUCUAUGUUCAUGCUUGCGCAAUAGAAUAAUAUGUCUGUGCUUUCUAAAAGGUAAAUGACUGUGGUUCUUUUAGAUAUGGUCAUGUCAUAGUUGCUGAAGGCUAUUUUUGGUAGUUGUCACCUCUAAAUGCUCUUUGUUACUAACUCAGGGAACUGAGGUUUGAGGCCUGGUCACAUUGGGAUUGGUCCCAUUGCAAACACAUAUUAAUUUGUUUAUUUUAUUUUCUUACCAUAUAUUAGUUCUCUGUAUUUGAAGAGGUCUUGUUUUCAGAACUUGCUUAUAAUUCCCUUAGAUGUGUAGAGGAGAAAGCAUUCCCAUCUCUAUUUUGGCAUGUUGAAGAUUCCAAAAUACUUAAGACCAGAGGUGAAAGACAUUUUAAAAAAAUAUUCUUCAUACAGGGAAGAUUAUAAUGAUAUUUUUUAUAAUAUAAACUUUGAAAUAAAAGUCUUCAACUAUU